GCAGCAUAGGACGAUGGUCUCUGAGAUUCAUCAAACGUGGAUAUUCGCAAACAGUUUUGCGUCGGAUGGGUACAUCUAGCACUUUGAUUGGAUCCACGCCAAUGAACAGUCCGGGGAUAUCGAUCUAUAUCCAAUGUGAAUUCGCCAUCAUGAUGGAUAAAUACAAACCUGGCAGACUCUUGCCGCGCUUACAUGAUCCGUACACCAUCUGAUGGCUCGGUGCGCGGGGAUAGGUAGAUCAGCCUCAUUGCGAUCCUAGUGAUUGUAAUGGUGGGAGCAGGGCUCAUAGAAUGGAAGGUGUUGAGGUACCUAACACUCAUGCUAUACAUCAGCCUCGAAACUUCUUCGUUUACUUGUCCCAUAGCAAACGUUUCUCUGGCGAUUUUUGACUCUAUAUGUUAUCUGUUGUGCAGUAAUCGUUUGUCCAUCGCGAAUUAGUUUAUCUGACACAGUCUUGCCAACUCCAGUAAAGAGCUAUUGGAUCAAUGCAGCGUAAGAUAUUCGUGCUGCUAUUCCUAGCCUCACGGGCCGACGCAGAUGGUACAGAUGUCACGAACAAUCUGUUCUCGGAUCUAGGGCCACUCCUGGCCUUGUUCGGUGAAAGUUUUGCCCAGCAAUUCCUGAGAGAAUCUUUUACAUGGCUUGACCACAUCAUCUUCGCGAUGGCUCCAUUGGGCAUCAUUACUGCUAUUAUAGGCGCCAUUCGCGUUGGUGGUCCGCCGCAGCUGAAAGCUUUGAUCGGUCGUGCACGCGAGAAUCGAGCCUCUGCAGAGCUUGAUUUCAUGUCAUCAACUUCACAUGAAGUCUCUGAGUUAUGGAAUGGACACGGCAUAGUCCGGACGAUGGGGAAAGGCAAAGUCAAACAAAUACUCUUUCUAGAGGGACGUGGUCCCCCAGAGAAAUUUGGUCUCUUCACUUUGAUUGAUGCUGAAAAAGACAAUCUUAUCACAAGAAAAGCAUAUAGUGAUCCACAUAUCGAUAUAAUAAAAGAACUAUGGCGAAAAAAGACGCAGAAUCUAGGGGAGAAGACAAGUGUGUCAAAAAGCCCUAAUAAUGACUCGUACAACAACAUGACUGGACGAAUCAAUCCUAAAGAGGACCAUGUUAAAAAUGACGGCUUAGACCGAGCUCCGAAUAUUUCUUUAAAUAUACAUCCUAAGCAAAACAGAGGAGAAUUGUUUGCAGCUGCCGUUCUAGGCUUUAUUCUUCAGGUGGGCGUCAUUAUCUUUUCUGCCUUUGUCGCCUACGACACUCGAUUCGGAGCUGCGGUAGGCGGACACCCAAGCGCUUAUGCGUUCCCGACCUUGGCCAGUGGGACAGCUGUGCUGGUAUUCGGAAUGGGUGUUUGUGCCUUAGUCAUUGGAGAGAGCACCGAUGAGAGUGUCUGGGAAUUAAAGGCAGAUGGCAUUGUGUCAACGCUGCAGGGCAAACAAAAUCACCAAUCAGAACUCAAAGUACCUAGUGGAGAUGUGGAGGCAGGGGGUGCAAACCAUUCUCAUAAUUCUCAUAAGCAUCUAUGGAAACGAAUUAUUGGGGUAUUCGCUAAAACCCCAAUGAAAGAGGGUGAAAGAAAGACUAAAUUCUUGUCCGAGAUACUUAAGUCCAAUGCCAAAAAGUGUGAUUCAGGAAACAGAAAGUUUCGUGUUUUUUGGCUUCAACAGCGGUUUGUUGUCAGUGAUCAGACUUUCGAUUCAUACAUGCUUAUGGCAAGAAUGGAAAAGGAACUCAUCAUGACAUCUUGUCGCAGCGACAACCGCUCCUUGGGUACCAACUAUUCACGUUCCACUACCGAAGAUAGUCUCCACAAAACACGGACUUCUCAAAUGCGCACCUUACAAAUUGAGUCUCCAAAUACUGUAUCUAAUGGAAGUGCUAGAUCCCCCCACAUUCGUUCGAGAAUGUCCAAGGCUCAAAAACCUCCUAUAUCGCCAAAACAGAUGCCACCAUAUGAGUCAACUUCCAAAUGGAUCAACACGCUAUGUAUCAUAGGGACAUCCACAGGAAUCAUUGGAUUUAUUUUGCAGUUUGAAGGCUUUCGUGGCAUCAGCUGGGCAUGCUCAAUUGCACAGCUUGUUGCCAUUCUAAUAAUGACUGUUGUUCGAGCCAUUAUUCGUCGGGGCAUGCUGGAUAGACCUAUCGCCCAGAAGAUUCCGGAGAAAUAUGAAAUUGACUGGCUUGCACUCAGGAUUGGUAAUGAUGACAAGUACUUGAGCGAUCUUAGCGAGUCUACAGGUUUUCCCACAAAUAUGUCUCCCUGUCAUCUUUCAUGGAAAAUUUGCAGUCAGAUAGAUCCACCCGUUCAAGCGACUCCCGGAUCGAUCCCCAUCACCAAUGAUCCAAUGGUAGAAGAAAUUGUUAAAUUACAGGAACGAACCCAAGAGCUAGAAACGCGCUUAUAUGAAUCAAUGUCACCUCCAAUCACAAACAUAUGCGCCGAUCGCCGAGAAAUACCUGUCCGGGUAGAACAAAUUACUCCAGACUCGACAAUACCUGCACCCCACGAAUGUGUCCAAGGAUCCAGAAAAGCGCCUGAAACUCUCAUAAAGAAUGCCUCCGAAGACUCACCAAUUGGGAGAAGUUUAUUGAAUCUUGUGGCCCUGCUAAGAAUAGUCCGAUGAGGCAGAAGUCUGUAAGUAUUCGAAAACGUCUACAAGAGUUCACUGAUUACUUGGUGCUCACUGGCUGGUCGGAAACCAUUUAUAAUCGCUUCGAGACUCAGAAAGUUCUCCACGUACGGAACCGCCUUCGAGAGCUCACUAGCUGGUCUGACCCGGUGAUAAAAACCAACGCUGCCUCUGCGGCUUUAGCAAUCGAAAAAAUCAUGGAUUUAUUCAAAGGAUGGCCGGGCUCUACUUUUCAUUGGCCCAUUGAUGUAGAGAUUGGAAAUGAUGAAGGCACUUACCUUCAAAAAAUUGAACUUCACGCGACAAGAAAGACUGGAGAAGAAGACCGAUGGAGUGUCUCCACAGAAGACAUCGAGUCAAUUCUUUCGUUGUGGAUGUAUCAUUUUAGUCAUGGUACUCAGAGCGGCAACUGGGCUCAGGAUAACACUGAGAAUAUUGCUCGUGAUAUACACUCCUUUCAACGAGUCAUCGGCCCCUCAAAACCUAUACUCAAAAGAGAUAUGGCAUGGUGGGCUGGUAUUGAGAUUGCUGAAGCACUUGGCGAGUUUUCAUGGGAUAAUCAACCCGACAAAAAAUGUCUCAGCAUGGGGGUCUAUCUGCCAGCAGAACUCGAUCACAACAAGUUUACUAAAGGAGCACAUUGCCCAACAUCCUCAUACUAUGCCAUGAUCGCCAGUGUUUCGAAGGAGAAAUUUCUUGCUCAACACAUUUUCUCCACCUUUUUGUGGGCGGUUGUAAAUUCCUUACCACUAUCAGAGAGGGAAAAUGAACAAUCAACAGAAGUUGUAUUACCAGGGGACGAUGAGCUCAGACUAAAUGAGGAGCACCCAAAUUGGAAUUCUUUACGAUUAACCAACAAAAAAAUAAAGCAAAUGACUAAAGCCAUCGAGAUUUCUGGCUUGGGGACGUUGGAAGACGCCAAUUUACUGAUAAUACCCCCACUUAGCUAUUAUGAAAAACUCCCUAACGAAGGCAUAGUAGACAUGGUACGAAAAUACGCCAAAGAUAAUGAACUGGGAUAUCGGGAUAUUGCUUGCAAUAUUUAUGGGAAUCUACUGAAACUGUGCGAUGAUCUACCACCAGAGGGGAAUUUUGUCUACAAAGUAGUCAGUACAACCGUUGACUUCCUUGUGACUGCUACAUCUGCGUCAGAGACUAAGGAAUACAUGGAAACAUCUGAUGAGAAUUUGGAGAAGAGUAAAAAGUUGUUGGUCAUUACCUUACUAUCUAAACAUAAACAAUGUCUUGAUAUGCUGCAGUCACUUUAUGCAAAGCAAGGUCGGCUCAAGAAAUUUGAAAAGGUAGGCUUGUUAGAUACUAAAACUAAAGACAAGGUCCAAGGAUUGGCAAAAACCAGACAGACAAUUUUACACAGAGAAGUUAUCGAUAAGAAUAAGUUAUUUCUGGAUGGACACAUGGAGCAAUUCUUCAGUGCUGCUGAUAUACUUGGCUGGACACCUUUACACUACGGAGUGAUCUAUUCUUUGGAAGCAGUGCAGAAAUUGGUGGACAAGAGAAAAGACCUAGUUAAUAAAUAUGACCUUGCCGGUCGUACCCCUCUGCACUACGCCGUUAUGAAACGAAAGGACAACUUGAAACAAGAUGAUGCAGAAGAAAUCAUCAAAGAACUCUUGAAAGCCAACGCAAUACCAUUGCAGGGGAGAGACGGCCUAGUUCCGUUACAUUGGGCUGUGAAAACAGGAAAUAUCGAAGCCACUAGAUUACUACUGAAACGGAAUCUCCAUGUAAGGACAAUCAAUUUCAAAGAUUAUUCGGACAUGACUCCUUUACACUUUGCAGCCCUUGGUGGACAUUCAGAAAUUGUGGAAAUACUUCUCAACAAAAUAGUCAACGCCCAGAUUCUCAAUGCGCAGGACCGGCUUGGACGGACUGCAUUACAUGUCGCAGUGAAGAAUAUAAACAACGAUGGAUAUUCUAAUAGAGCCAAGAUUAUCGAAAAACUUAUCAACAAAGAAGCAAGCGUUGUGAUCAAAGACAAAGACGACAAAAAGGCUUUAGACGUGGCAGUUGAGAUGGAGCAGAAAAUGCAACGAUCUGAUUCCAGUAAAGAGCCCAGUCAUCUUGUAGACGUUUCGGGUGGGGUUUUGGAAAGUGAACACCGGGGAAAUCCAGACAAUUCAAAUGGCAAAGUUGAUGUCAAUGGAAAAGCUAAAAAUCCGAGAAAAGCUGGAGAGACGGAGAUACCUUCGAAAGAAGAACAGCUAGCUUCGUCAAUUAAAUCAUUAUUGAGAAAAGAAAACUUAACUGUUGACGGCGGAGAUCUAUUGCUCCGAGCUGUUGAAGAAAAACAGAAGACUCCCUUCGAAUUUCUCAUUGAUUGGAAGGAAAUCGCGUUUGACAUGAGCCAACUGGACAGCGCCAAUGGACGAUCAAUCCUGCAUUUAGCAGUGCAUGCAAAGUCCGACAUGAUGGUAGAUAGGAUACUGAAGCGAUGGAAGCCUAGCAACAGUUCUCCUCCUUCGCAGUCAUUGCUAUUUAUUGAUCUAGCCGAUCGUCGUGGCCUUACUGCACUCAUGCUGGCAGCAUCUCAAGGAUAUGAGCCUGGAGUCAAGAAGCUUCUUGCAGCUGGCGUCAAGAAAGAUCUUAGAGACAUAAAUGGACGCACAGCUCUUUCCUGGGGAGCAGAGAGUGGCCGGCUGGAUAUUUUAACUCAGCUCAUUGAAAGCGAUGUUACUCUAAAAAAUGAGCCUAUGACAAAAAAUUCGCCCUUGUUCAUUGCUGUCCAAAAUGGUAAACACGAAGCAACAGAACUCUUUCUUGCUAAAGGCGCGGACUCCAAUGAAGUUGACGAUGGCGGAGAUAGUGUUCUCUGCGACGCAGUUAUAUUUGGACAUGAAGAAUGUGUCCAGGUUUUAAUUGACCAUGGUGCGAAACUUGAGAAGGAGAGUGGCAUGUACAAGCAGACAGCACUCUCUUUCGCUGCCAAAAAUGGUAACCUUGAAAUAGUCAAACUUCUCUUAAAUUCCGGUGCUAGAUUGGAGGCCCAAGACACGGAUGGCUGGACUCCGCUUAUCUGGGCAUUGAGGAGCGAGCACCCGAAGGUCGUGAAGUUUCUAAUCGGUGAAGAAGUUAGGAGCGUCUCGAGUAAAGACCAAUAUAUGGAGCAGCUCAAUCCUGCAAUGACUUUGGCCUGCAACACAGGCGAUGAGGAUCUCGUGGAGCAAUUGUUAGUUCUUGGUGUUAACCCUAAUGCAAAGGACGUUGACAGUGGAUCGACAGCUUUGAUCGAAGCAAGUAGAGGAGGCCUUUUACGGAGUGUAAAAAGACUUUUAAAGCUUGGAGGAAAUAUAAAUGCGAUGAACAAUGCUAAGGAGGCGCCUCUUUUGCUGGCGGCUCGCCACGGAUUUGAUGAAAUCACGAAAUGCCUUUUAGACGCAAACGCAAAUAUCGAAAUAAAAAAUGGAUCAAAGGAGACACCACUUCUAUUAGCCGUUCGUUACGAUAAUGAAGUCGUCACCAAAUUGCUUCUGACAAAGGGGGCUGAUGCAAAUGCUGAAUCCAACACAGACGAGACACCACUAAUACUGGCUACUCGCAACAGAAACGACGAUAUCACAAAGUUACUUCUGGAGAAAAAAGCGGAUGUCGACAAGGCAAACAAUUCAAACGAAACACCGUUAUCACUAGCGGUUAUCGACAGGAAUGUGGACAUCAUCAAAUUACUUCUGAAUAACGGAGCCAGUGUAGACCAGGCAUGGGGCAAAUAUGAGCAAACGUGCCUAUUGCAAGCGAUUUAUGUGGAAGACGAAGAACUUGUACUGUUGUUAUUAGAAUCAGGUGCAAGACCUGAAAGGGAGCAGAAGUAUACCAGAAAUGCCUUACAAGAAGCUAUUUGGUGGAGAGCGGAGAACAUUGUAGACCAUCUUUUAUCUUUCGGCGCUAGCGCGGGAUUGAAAGACACGCAAGGAAGAAGCGCAUUUCAGUUCGCAGCACAAAUCGGCGCUUUAUCCUCACUGAAAAAGCUAUUUGAAGAACGUCCCAAAGAAUUUAAUCUGCUCGAAUCAACUUUCCAUGACAAACAAGAUCGGGACCUCAUACAUCACGCUUUUGCCAGCGGAUCGAUGGAUAUGAUAUCUUACCUAAUAGAUCGCUUCCCUCCCAAUAAAUACAACUAUCGCCGAAAGGACUCCGAUGGCUGGACUCCCCUUCACUGGGCUGCGCAGACAGGCGACUUGAAAGUUGUGCAAAGACUUCUUGAGCCGGACGUUGGCUUGGAUGCCAGAGUACGAGAAUUACUCAAAAACUGGACUCCACGGCAAAUCGCAAGCUAUAAUAACCACAACGAAAUUGUGGAGUUUCUCGAGUCAUUCUCUAUUCCUGAUGAAGUUCUGCCCUCAGCAGGUUUUUCACACGAGUCAGUUCUCUGCGAUGGGUGCAAUUGUAAGAUACGUGGCUUCCGUUUUCACUGUAAAAGUUGCGAAAACUUUGACUUUUGUGAAAAAUGCAAGUUCACAAGUGAUGUGACACACCCAAACCAUGAGUUUGAUGAGAUCGGCCCAGGACGAGAAACUGAACCGACUCAAGAGGUUAGCCCACAGCAGGAGAUUGGCUUGCAACAAGAUGGAUCUUCUAGUGAAGAAUGCUCUAUACAUGAGGAUUCCAACCAAGAUGACGCUGCAAGUCAAACGGUUAUUUGAUCGCGUUCUUUGAAAGUUUCGAAUACGGGGUUAAAAUAAUGUUGCUGCUUAUCCAGAUCGAGAUAUCAAGUAAUCAGCCGCCGUAGCAGCA